CAUUUUUCUCCUAGCUAUAGCCUCCCUCCCCGGAGGCCUUUAUCAUAAAAAGAACAAAAAAAAAACAAAAAAAUAAAUUGAAAAACUCAGAAUUAUAUUUAGAGAGAACUUAGGCACAAUAAUGGCAAUGACAGAGAGACUAGGUGUUCUUAUUAUGUACUUUGCACUGGUUUCUCAUGUGGGUGCUGUGAGAAAAGUAAUGCCAGUUGCAGUUCCUGAUAUCUUCAAGAACAAAAACGUAGCUCAUGAUAAACUUCUUCCGGGGGAAAGGAUAUAUAAUGUGAGAAGCUUUGGGGCCAUACCUGAUGGAAAGUCUGACUGCACUGAGGCUUUCAUGAAUGCAUGGCGAGCAACUUGCGACUCCACAGAGCAAGCGAGGCUUCUGGUUCCAGAAGGAAGAUUUUUGCUAUCUUCCAUGUUUUUCGCAGGUCCAUGUUCUACUCCAGAGCCCGUAACAAUCCAAGUUGUAGGCACUAUUGUGGCUCCAACAGAUCUCAGUGAAUACGUGGAUAGCGAAUGGCUUCUGUUUGAGGACAUGGACGGCAUAAAACUCCUCGGUGGUGGUACCUUUGAUGGUGUCGGUAUGGAAUCAUGGCUAACGGCUUCUAACUGUGUAGACAUACCCUUCGGAACCUGCAUCAGAAACCCUGCUAGUAUAUAUUUCCACAGAAUUAAGAAUGGAAUUAUACAGAAUAUUAAAUCCAUAAACCCCAAAGGGUUUCACAUAUUUGUGACUAAUUGUGCUAACAUCAGACUCCGACGACUUAAGCUCACUGCACCAAAUGAAAGCCCCAACACCGAUGGAAUUCAUAUCAGCCACUCCAUCGGUGUUAGAGUAGCCAAAAACACCAUUGAAACCGGAGAUGAUUGUAUUUCCAUAAUACACGGAUCCCACCAAGUUUCCGUCUACAAUGUCAAUUGUGGUCCUGGACAUGGUAUAAGUAUUGGUAGUCUUGGAAAGUACGAGGAAGAGCUAGAAGUGAAAGGAAUUCGUGUGAGGAACGUGUCGAUGGUUGGCACACAAAACGGGUUGAGAAUCAAGACAUGGCCAGAUCUGUUUCCUGGGCAUGCAUCAGAUAUCAUCUUCAGCGACAUCACCAUGCAAAACGUUAGAAACCCUAUCGUCAUUGACCAAGAAUAUCAAUGCUCUUCAAACUGCGAGGCUUCACUCGUACAGAUAAAAAAUGUUAUUUUUUCAAAUAUAAAGGGAACCACUGCUACGCCAAUUGCAGUGGAUUUAAGGUGCAGCAACAAGUUCCCUUGUGAAACUAUUCAACUUGAGAACAUAGACCUGUCGCUGUCGCUUAAAUCGAAACCUAGCGGUUCUAGAUGUGCCAACAUUAAACCAAUUUACAAGGGUAUGCAAAACCCACAAGGUUGUCUAUAACUGCAUGCAUUUUGCAGCUCUCACAAUAAAGAGGGAAGAAAAAGUAAUGUUUUUUACAGUUAUUAGACCAAAUUGGAGAACAUUUGCCACAUGUGAAGCAGUGGGGAAAAGGGAAAAGCUUUUCAAGGAUGAUUUUGAAUGGCAGUUAAGUUUUCUCUGUAUAUAGAAAAGCCAGAAAUUGUAUAUUAAGUGUCAGAAGGUGAACGCUUCAUGAUAUCAUGUUUACUGCUUUUAACAAUUGUAAUUAUGAAGUAAUUUUGUACUUCAACUAGCUCGUGCUGUAAAAUAUGAAGCUAUAGAAAAUAAUUUCAUCAAACUUCAUUGGAACCUAUUCCUUUCUUUCAAACAAGUUGUUAUAUCAUAGAGUUAAUUAAGAUUUUAUGCCUACUGUUCUGUG